ACAGGAGAAGGCAAGAUGGCGGCCGCCAACGGGAAGAAGCGUGGCCUCGAACAUUUGGACGAAUAUGAACCAAAAGCUGCCAAACAUCUCCGCAGCCUGCACGAUCGCAUGGCGGAGAGGCGACUGGUUGUCAUUCUGGAGGGCUCAUCGCUGGAGACAGUCAAGGUUGGCAAAACCUUUGAGCUGUUGAACUGCGACCAACACAAAAACAUCAUAAUCAAAAGUGGAAGAAAUCCAGGAAAUGUUAGACCAGAUAUCACACAUCAGUGUCUGCUCAUGUUGAUGGACAGUCCACUGAACAGAGCAGGCCUGCUGCAGGUUUACAUCCACACUGAGAAGAACGCACUAAUUGAGAUCAACCCGCAGACGCGCAUCCCCAGAACCUUUUCGCGCUUCUGUGGCCUUAUGGUUCAGCUGCUGCACAAGUUAAGUGUGCGAGCGUCCGACGGUAAUCAGAGGCUCCUGAAAAUGAUAAAAAAUCCUGUGUCAGACCACCUGCCGCCCGGGUGCCCGCGCAUCUCCACCUCCUUCUCCGCCGGAGAGGCCGUGUGCCCCCGCUCCGUGGUGCCAGAGGGGCCGGCGGCCGUGGUCAUUGGAGCAUUUGCACAUGGAGCGGUGAAUGUUGACUACACCGAGAAGACCGUGUCUAUCAGUAACUACCCGCUCUCUGCCGCACUCACCUGUGCCAAGAUGUGCUCGGCUUUUGAGGAAGUUUGGGGUGUCUUGUGAUAAACAUUGGCCUGCUGCUGACUGGGCAGAAACACAUCCACAAACCUUUUGUAUAGACUAACUGCACACAGUGGAAGUGGUGCACCAAAUUUCCCACACAUGGACAUUACAUGGAUCCUGUUUUUGUAUGAUGGUAAUCUUAUUACCCAGACAUUUUUCUAUAAUGAUGAUAUCUGCACAGAAGACUAUCUUCUCCUGUUGAAUCAAUUUCAAGGAAUUUGUGUUUUUAAUAAUACAAAUGUUUAAAUGUCUU